AGCUCGGUACAGUUGAGUUUUUGUAUGGAGAGAGUGUAGUGCGUAUUUGUGAGCCCUCUAUACGAAUAUCCAUUCGGUCAGCACAGAGAAUAUAUAUUAAUAUAACACAAUUGAAUCGUAUUCGACAACGACGAGCGCUGAAAAUUGAAAACCACUAGUUUAGCUACAAAUUCAAUUCAAAUACCAAUUUUUUUACCACGUCGAGUUUUUUUUUAAAGCACAAAAUAUCAUUUUCUUUUGAUAACACCUUUUUUUAAACUACAAACGACCGUCAUCGCAUUCGAACGUAUCGUUCGAAUCACAUCAAUAUUUCGUCCACAUUUUUUUUAAAAAUAUCCACAGAUUUUUUUCGCGGGAAAAUUUUCUAAAUAACAUUAAAACACAAUAAUUUAAUCGAAAACAUUUCGAGAUAAAAAGAAAAAUAAUAAUACAUAAAACAUAAAAUAACCAGUGUGAAAUAUUACAGUGUGAAGAAAAGCAAUCAAUUUGAAUCAUGUUUGAAUUUGAAGAUAAUUUAAGUACCGGUUUUCAUGAUGUGUUUCUCUCCAAGUAUAGUGAUUCUUCAUGUCCAAUUCUGGACCUUUACAUUUCGGAUUCAAUGCAGGAUAUGCUCGACAUUGAUAUUCGAACUGAAGUAGCGACAGUGGUUGGUGGUGCGAGUGAGUUUUCAUCGUUGAUGAGUGAAUUGCCAACACUUGAUUUGGAAACAUCGAAUGAUGGCGAUGCACCGUGGUUGGGUGGCCCAAAAUGGUCAUCAACAUCAUCAUCACAUGACAUGUAUGCGGAUGUUGGAGCCUGUGUAAAUCCAAAUUCGGUAAUGCCAGUCAUAAACAAUAUAUCAGCUGGUUUAUCAUCGCGAACACUUACAACGGAUGUGCUUAAUUCACCGAAUAAAUCACAACUGGAUCUCAAUACGAACACGUUCAAGCGAAGCAGCUCACCGUUGCCCAGUCCGAAGGAGAAGAAGAGCCAUUUAACAUUUUCGCCGAACAUAAUUAAAGUGCCGGUGGUGCAAGAAAACAAGAAGCAAUCGCUAUUGUGUCAGGCACAACGCACCAGUGUCGAGGCUAUUAAAAAAGAUCUCAGCAGUGAAAUUAUGAAGGAUGAAAAAAUCUUUACGCAAUUCAAACCGACCAUUACAUCGGGAACGCCAUCAACGCCGGCCAAUACAAUCAAAUUGGCACCGGGCAUUGGCGGCCUAACAUUUGCAAAUAGUCUUGCAUUUACCAAGUUGAAAAAUAAUAGCAAUGCAAAAAUUGUCACCACCAAUGGCAAUGUGAUUACAACCGCUCAUCAGCUCAAAAACCAACAAAUCCAUCGAUCGUCUAGUCCAAAUGUUCAUUCAUCCAACAAUAAUAUAACGAUCAUUAAUAACAACAACAAUGAAAACAAUACGUUCCAACGAAAAAUCAUUGCUAGUGAUGACACAAAAAUCACAUCCGACGGAUUUAAAUUUGUUGUGCAAAAUGGCAAAGGCACCAUAAUUGCAACAACAUCCCAUCCAAAUGCAAUGACAACAUCGGUGAAUACAACGACAUUUUCCACCAUGCAACAGCAUGCUAUUGCAAAUGGCACGGCUCUAAAGCCACAACCGCUUAAAAUGAAAGUGGUCGGACCCGAAUUCCCGAAACCAGCAUACUCAUAUUCAUGCUUGAUUGCGAUGGCAUUGAAAAAUUCAAGAGCCGGAUCGUUGCCCGUAUCGGAAAUCUACAGUUUCAUGUGCGAACAUUUUCCGUACUUUAAGACAGCGCCAAAUGGUUGGAAAAAUAGCGUACGACACAAUUUAUCGUUGAACAAAUGUUUUGAAAAAAUUGAAAAGCCAGCCACAAAUGGUGGCCAACGCAAAGGAUGCUUGUGGGCAAUGAAUCCAUCGAAAAUUGCAAAAAUGGACGAAGAAGUUCAAAAAUGGUCACGCAAAGAUCCGAUGGCCAUACGUAAGGCCAUGGUUAUUCCAGAGAAUUUGCCGGCUUUGGAACGUGGCGAAAUGAAACAUGGAAGCUUGAAUGAUAGUGACGUUGAACCAGACGACACCGAAGAUUCGGAACCAGAAAAUGAACUGGACGAGUCCAUCAUUAACAACAUUGUACCUGAAGUCGACUCAUGCGACGAAGAAAACAGUCAAACCGAAUACGAUGUUGAUGUAUCCGAUAUGUUUGACGAGGUUGACAUUGAAGAUUCGAAAUCCAUUCAAUUUGCAUUGAACGCUGAAAAUGGUCAAACCGAAUUCUUCGAAAGUGAAGUACAACCGUCGGCCAAACGGGCCCGACUUGAUAUCAACUGUUCAAUCGCACCAGCACGAACAUUCAGCAUUGCAAACAAUGUAAAUGGUACUACACAACUGAUCCAAAAGACGUCAUACGCUGGCCCAAUGCAACAUCAACUAUUGCAACAGCAACAAAAUCGACGAAAGGUUAUGUUGGUCAACCGAACAGCGUAAAUAUGCUCUGCAAUGACAUAUGUGAGGGAUAAUUUACAUAAAACGCAUUGUAAAAACAAAAAACAAUUUAUUUGAUUCUACUUAAGUUAAGAUUUAUUGUGAUUUUGGUCUUGGCUUUGUGCAUUCGACGCAAUGGAAAUGGAUGCGAAUCGAUGCACCAAGAUGAGACCUUUACUUUUUGGUGAAAUUCUGUAAAAAUCAUGUUUUUUAUGAUUUCAUUCUAAUACACCUAACAAACCACAAUAUGAAUACAGUUCAAAUUCAAUUUUUUCUAUGAACUUUUUUUUUAUUAUGUUUAGUUUAAAAAUUAUUAUUUCUUUUUUAAUUUUUAGUUUUUUUAUUUUUCAUUUCCAUACAAACACACACACACACACAUUAUAUCCACGAAAUAAUCCAAUUUUGUAUUAAAAUUUAAGAUUUAGGAUAUGUUUUCGUACGACUUAGUUUCAUUUCUGUAAAUGCAUUUAGUUCUUUUUUUUUGAAUAUAUUUUUUUUUGUAAAUUGAACUCAUUCAGUUACGGGCUAAUGUGAAGAGAAUACACAUUGAAAUUGUAAUAAUGCGCAAUAUCAUCUGGCAUAAUUGAAUUUCCAAACAAAAGAAAAAGAGAACCGAAUGAAAGGGAAACAGGAAACAAUGAAAAAUUAUGAAAUGAAGAAGAUUAGAUGUUAAUGAACAUUUCUAUUUUGUCAUAAAAUAUAGUAUUUUUUGUACGUUAAAGUGAAAUAACCUAAAUAUCUGUUUGUGUAAAGUUCACAAAAAAACCAACAAAAUGAAGAAGAAAACCUUCAAUUGAAUAAGUUCAUUCAUUUUUUUUUUAAUAAAAUAAUAUUGUAUUUCCCUCUGAUUGAAAAGAUUUAUUCAAAUAAAAUGAAACAUUUAGAAAAGGAAAAUCUGUGAAAAUAGUUUUGAAACGAACAAUUCAUUCAACGAAAAAAAUAGGCAAAUCUUUUUUGUUUUUCUUAAAAAAAUGAAGUUUUUUGCCAAGAUUUUGAAGUUUUGAUAUUAAAUGUGAAAUAAUUUUAUGUGACGCAGUUUGUGUUCGAUUUACUAAUAUUUGAUUUUCAAAACUUCCGACUCUUGCUUGUUUUAAAUCUUUUUUUUUUGUUUCACACCAUAAAAUGGUCAUCUACUACUACUGCCAGCAACUCAGAAAGAACGAUAGCACAACAUAUUUAUUUCUUCAGCGUUUAAAUAUUUGUAGUGCAUCAAUCCAAGUUGCACAGUUAAUUAAGUCGAAAUAUCAAUCCAAUAGCAUUUAUAUAGAAAAAAAUCAAUUCGGUUGAAUAUAGGAAACAUUUAGUAUCGAUUCUUAUUAACCCCAUUCAUUGGAAAAAUUCGAAAUACAAGUCGUUGUCCCAUAAAGACACGCUCAUCGAAAUUAGUAACAUUCUUUUUUCAUUCGAAAAAAAAAUUAAACAUAGCUUCAAUUAAACCAAUUUUCUUUAUGAAAAAAUCGUAGUUUUUACUUAAUAAAUUCGACAUAUUGAAAAAAAUAGAAAAAAAAAAUUCAAAUACGUUUGUAUGAACAAAAUUUUCGAUCUCGAUCAAUUUUGGAAUAAAUAUAUGUAAAAGUAAAUCCAAACCAUGCAAUCAUACAACAAUUACAUGGGCUCAUCAUAUAAAAUCACAUUACUCAAACCUUAGUAUUACUUAAACAUGUUUUUAUAUGGAAGCAUAAUGUCAAAUUAAAAGUUUAUUAUAUUAUUAUAAAAACUAGUCAUACUGAAUUGCCGUUUUUUUUAAAUGAAAGAAAAUAUAACUGACUUAAUACCGAAAUUCAAAUUGUCAAAAACAUAGCGAGGAAAAAAUGUCCACUUCCAUCACUAAAUCAGGAAAAAUAAAAUAAAACAUUAUAUUUGCCA